ACUGUUCGUAGCUGGUGAAAAACUACGAUAUGAAACAGAGGCUGUGGAUGUCCCAGAAGGAUUUUUGCUGGAGUGGUGGUCUGUCAACAAUGAUUUUGACUUCUUCAGACAAAUGCAUUUGCAGGAAAAACGUGGGUUUUUAGGAGGAAUGCAAGGACGUAAUGCUUUUCAAGAAGUAGGGUCUUCGAUAAAUGUUCAACCAAUGUAUCAAUUUUCUAAUAAUUUUAAUCCUGUUCAAGCACUCAACAUAGGAAGCAACUUGAUGCCAUCACGUGUAACUGGUGAAUGGCCAGUAUUUUCCUCACCUUCUGCUCACCAAAAAGUAAGUGGUAAACUGCCACAAUUUCUGUUCCCAUUUCCCCGUCAAGAGGCAUUUGGUCAAUUGCAACAACUUUCAUCUUCACAUCAAGACGUGGUGAUGACACCAGUUGAGAAAAAAACAGAGGUUUCUAAUGUCAAUAGUGCAGGCGCAAAUUCUGGAUUUGUUGAGGAAACAGAUCCGCUCAUUGAGAAUUUGUUAAAAUCUUUUUGGUUGUUUGAACCAGAUGAACCAAGCCUGUUUGACAAGUCAACAGUAGGACAGAGCAGCAGAAAUGCAGAGAAUUUGGUGGAACGUGGAGUUGGAAACACUAGUAUGAAUACAAUUGCUGGUUCAGCACAAGCACUAGAGGAGGAUGAUAACAAAAGUGACACAAGUGAUUGUUCCAGCAGUUUCGAAUUUGUUCUUUCUGAUGCAGAUGCCUCAUCAGACCCUCAGUUGGAAUCCAAUGGAGAAACAUAAAUCAGUAUCUUCAAGCAUGGAAUGUGAUUUGUUGUCUGCAAUAAUGAAUUCCCUUAUAACACGAAUCUUGUCAACAACAGAGGUAUCAAGGCUAAUUUGUGAUGAACAACUAGCAUGCAGAAAAGGCUUCUGAACUGUUUUGUCAACUAGGAAAGAAAAUGCUGUGUCCAAUUUUGUUUUGAAGUUUGCAUAGAUUACCAGCUUUCCCAAGUAAGCUCUUGAUCACUCAGCAGAAGGAAUAAAGGGAAAUUUCCACAGUAUUAAAAGUGCAGCACUUGGUGAUCCUUCAGUUACCAUAAGACUAUUUUUUCUUUUUCUUCCCAUUACAUGCUGAAACAAAUGAACAACAAAGAAGACAUUAAAGAGGCUGACUCACUAAGAUUCCUAUUCUGUAAAUCAUCUCAUUUGUAGCAGGCAUUGAUAGGUGGCUAGAUAUUUACCAGAAAGCAUGCAAGUGUUGCCACUAACAGUUGCAGUGUUCAACAACCAAGCAUACCACCUAGAAAUCAGCCAUGCGUGUAUAUGUCCAUGUUUUAAAGUUAUAUGAUUUAAUGAACUUAUAUGAGAUGCUUCUGACAUAAUAAUUCAGCAGAAAGUGAUGUGCAUAUUUUUGGUGAGGAAAAUGAUGGAACAUUCAGACUUGUAAUUUCGGCAGAAAGUCAACUAAAGAAUUACUGCACAGGACUAAAUCACAAGCAGUUUUCUUCAGUCAAAAUUGCCCAACUAGUCAUGAGAAGGGUUGUCCCCCAAGUGCAUCAGAGGAAUGCAACUUUCAUCCAUAGAGAAUGAGAGUUAUCUUAUUGAAUAUUAUUGUAUAACAUUUGGUGCCAUUUUUGGGUUAUUUAUAGAACCAUUUGCCACUUCUCUCUCUACUUUUGCUGAAGCCUAGUUUCCAUUUUAUGCUUCACUUAUGAUGAUAUUUUAAUUUAAUUCUUGAACUUCUGAUUUGUGAAGAUCAAU